AUGGCCAGUCCCGUCCCAGCAUACCGUCAGGCGCUGCCCUCUCCCCCACCAGCUUACCUUCGAUCGUCGCCUCAAUCCCCCUCGACACACGAAAGCACGCCUCGCACCAUUCCAAAUCGCCCUCAGAACCUGAAUCUCAACCGCAAACCGGUCCCACCCCCUGCAUCCCAGUCCGAGACCUCGCCAAUUAUUCAAAACUCGCCGCGCUCACCAGUCAAGUUCAGCCAUGGCGCAGACAUUCCAGAGCCCUCAACAGCCCGCAUCGAAGGCGCAUACAACGGGCCUCCGACGCCGCAGUUUGAACUCUCCGAGUUUACAGAACUGUCGCUUGACGGGCCCGUACAGCCCCCUCAGCACAGCUGGAACCCUGCGUUCCCACCGCGGCGAGACUCAAUACAAGCCCCAAAUUACAAACGCGCGCAUUCAUAUGGACACACCCCAACGAACAGUGGGUCAUGGUCCGCGGCAGAGCCGCAGAGAGCCGGUUCCAUCGACAACCCGAGCAAGAGCGGCGCCUCGUUAGAGCAGAGCCAUGACAGCUCUUCACGAGGAAGCUGGGAGAGCGCGGCACAGGCGUCGGACGGCUAUGAGCCUCUUGCUUACCACCAUCAGCAACAGCCAACUGCGAAGCCUGUUGGAAAACCAGCGCCCCAUGCUCGGGACAGCCCGUCAGGUUCAACGGAUAAACUAGCUAUUCGGCGAUCAAGGCUAUCGCGCCCUGUCUCCGCAUAUUCGUCAGUAUCGGAUUUGGGGGGUCAGGGUCAUCGCCGCAACCUCUCCGCAUCGCCCUAUAUGCACACACGAUCGUCUUCACGCAACUCGUCUGGCACCCCUGAGAACGGCCGGUCUCUGUCGUUACUCGAUUUACUCAACACGUCGUAUCCGCAGCCGGGCCCGACAGCGACCCAAUUCGACAACUCGCGACUCCAAGCUGUAGUCGGAAAUAACGCUUCUCUUCUCAGUCACAAGGAGACAUUCGAGAUGUACCUAGCAAACGUGAAGAAGACAGAUGAGCCAACAGUGCUCUAUGAAUUCGCCGUCUUCAUGCUCAACUCCAUGCGCGAGAUGCCAGCCGUGGAUAUCGACGACCCUAGUCCCAUCACUCGCGCCCGACUGCUCCGCGAGUCAAAAGCCAUUCUCCAGCGCCUUGCAGACCGCAGUUAUCCCUUCGCCCAAUAUUACCUAGGCGAUGGAUAUGCGUCGGGAAUCUUCAACAAGGGCGUUGAAGACCAUGACCGGGCGUUCCCGCUUUUCCUCGCAGCCAGCAAACACGGCCACGUCGAGGCCUGCUACCGCACGGCACUGUGCUACGAGUUCGGCUGGGGUUGCCGCGCCGACGGCGGCAAGGCUGUCCAAUUCUACCGCCAAGCAGCCUCAAAGAACCACCCAGGCGCCAUGAUGCGCAUGGCCCACGCUUGUAUCGCCGGCGAUAUGGGACUCGGCAAGCGUUACCGCGAGGGUAUCAAGUGGAUGAAGCGGGCGACCGAGUCUGCAGACGCACAGUACAACUCCGGGCCGUACGAGCUCGGCCUGCUGCACGAGAAGGGCUUCGGAGAGGACGUUUUCCCCGACGAGACCUAUGCAGUACAACUCUUCACCAAGUCCGCUGAGCUCGGCCAUGUUGAGGCUUGUUAUCGUCUCGGCGAUGCGUACGAGUACGGCAAGUUGAAUUGCCCGCGAGACCCCGCGCUUAGCAUCCACUUCUAUACCAGCGCUGCGCAGCAUGGUCAUCCGCUUGCAAUGAUGGCGCUUUGCGCGUGGUAUCUUGUUGGUGCGGAGCCUGUUCUCGAGAAAGAUGAGAACGAGGCUUAUGAGUGGGCUCUUCGGGCGGCGAAUCUUGGCCUCGCCAAGGCUCAGUAUGCUGUUGGCUACUUCACUGAGAUGGGCAUUGGGUGCCGCCGUGAUCCGCUCGAGUCGAAUGUGUGGUACGUCAAGGCAGCUGAUCAGGGCGAUGAGCGGGCUAAGCAUCGCAUUGCGACUAUUCGGGCUGCGGCGGAGGGGUCACAUCCUGCCACAAGUGCGCGCAAUGGUGCGAAGAAUGCGGGCCGUCUUAAGAAGUCCGAGCGCAAGGAACAGAGCCAGAGUCCACGGCCAGCUCAGGGUGAGUGA